UUUAGUACAGACAAUAAUUUCUAAUAUGUAUGUAUGUUCUGUUUCCAUGUCUAGCAGUUUUUGCAUGUGUGACUGAGGUUAAUUUUACCGUUUCCACUGUUAUGUUAACAAGGUCUGUUAAAUUGGUUGAGUGUCUUUGGCCCCUAUUAUGAGUUGCAUUCGAUCUUCGACAACGAUCGAAAAUGCUGGUCGAACGAAUUUGCAUUUGGUAUUACGACGCUCAUUCGAUGAAGAUUGGCGUUAUUGUGAAUUGCAAUCAUUUUGAAUGUUCACGAUAGUAUACAUCUGUCAGAUGGUGUAAAAACUAAAAGCGUUUUGUUUACGAAGUGUGGAAGUAAAACUAACUAAUAUUUUAUAAAUAAAGAAAAUAUAAAUAAAAGUUAAAAUAAAAUAUGACUACGACUGAGUUGUGGUUUGGCGAUUCUUCAGAGGAGGAUGAAAGCUUACUGGAAUUGGCUAGAAAUAGAAAGAAGCUAAGGGACGCUUCCAACCCUUUGGAAUUAGAUUCCGCUACAUUUAUAGAAAACUUCCGUUUGUCGAAAGAGGCGUUUGUUGAUUUGCUGUCCGCUACAGAGGAGAUGCUGCAGCGAUGCACACGAGCGAAAUCUAUUCCCAAUAUACUAAAAUUGGCAACAACUUUACGAUUUUGUGCUCAGGGAUCGUAUCAACUUAGUAUAGGGAAUGAAAACAUGCUUGGACUUGCACAGCCCACGGUGUCUGUGGUACUAUCUGAGGUACUCGAUGCCCUGGAGAAUUUCAUUUGCCAAAGAUGGAUAAAAUUCAAUUAUACCGAGGCUGAAAUGCAACAAGCAAAAUCUCAUUUUUAUAGCAAUACCAGAUUUCCUGGGGUAAUCGGUUGUGUUGAUGGUACACACAUCAAAAUUGUGGCUCCCAAAAAGGAGUUGCAGCAUUUAUAUUACAACAGAAAAGGAUUCUUUAGCAUUAAUGCUAUGAUUGUUUGUGAUCAUACAAUGAUCAUACGGUAUAUAAAUGCAAAGAAUCCGGGGGCAACGCAUGAUUCGAUGAUUUUCAACAUGUCAGCAUUGAAAGCAUAUCUAGAACAGCAAGUCGAAAAUGGUCUUCGCAAUACUUGGCUACUUGGAGACGCUGGAUACGCUCUAAAAACAUAUUUGAUGACACCUUUUAGAAAUUCUGAAGAAGGAUCUCCAGAAAGCAGAUACAAUACACAACAUUCGAGAGCAAGAAAUAUAGUAGAGCGCACUAUUGAAGUGUUGAAAAAUAGAUUCAGAUGUUUGUUACAAGCAAGAGCUCUCCACUAUUCUCCAAAAAAGGCGACACAAAUUAUUAAUGUUUGUGCAGCUUUACACAACAUUUGCAUAUUUUAUAAAGUCGAAAUUUCUCCUGAAGAAUUUCCUAAUGAGGCAAACGACAGUCAUGGUGGAGUCAUUGAAGUUGAAUCUGAUAACGACUCGGAAGCAGCAGCAAUUAGAAAUCGUAUAUCAAGAACGUUUUAGAUAUAAUUAAAAAAAAUUAAUUAGAAGGCUUAUUUAUUCAAAAUAUUUAUUAUGGAAUUCAUUGUUCAUGUUUAUCUACGUAAUAAAAAAUACUC